CUUCCACAUGGGUGCCAAUGCAAUUUUCAGCUGUUUAUUCAAUACCAGGAGAACAGUAAAAGAAAGUGAGCACACUCACGCAGGAGCUGCUGUGACCACAGUCCUCGCCAAGACACUCCCACGCAGACUUGCCGACAUCACAUGUAAGCUCCGCUGGGCCCGCCUCUUAAAGGCACAUACGACUACACACAGCUAGUCCACGUACUAGUACGCCCUUUGUUUCGAUUCAGCUUACUAGUAAAACAACUGUGUCCGUUUGUUUUCUCUACAAUGCCACUUUUGGCCUACUAGUACGUAAUUAAACAUUCAUAAACUAUUGUGCUGCAUGAGUAACAAGUAGGGUGUCAUGCACUCGUAGCUUCCUGAGCCCUACUAGUAGCCGCAAAAUGCCCACUAGUAAAUUUGCAUCACUAGUAACGUAGUUGUUCUACUAGUAUGCCAAAAUGUCAUAGAGUGGUGGAAAAAAAACGUUACUAGUAAGAUGUGAUCAUUGUACUAGUUUGCCACCCUGUCAAGCUACCUCAGAAUGUGGGAAUUUCACAGGUUGCCUUCCAGAAUCCAGUCCAUGCAGAUAUCAGAAAGCAACAGGCCACAUUCCCACCGUUGCUCCUGGGAAUGUGUCGUAUGUUUUCAAGGUUAUUGGAGGAACCUUUUAAAGAGCGGCACAGCAGGCAUCACCCCGCCGUCGUCGUCCUGGUCUUCAUCAUGAAGCUGUUCACCAUAUUCACGCUGUUUGUCUUCGCUCAAUGCAACUCAGCCACAGAGCAGGAGGCGUCUGUGUCCGAGCUUCUGUGGCGGGCCAACAAAGACGUCGUUCACACGGCGGAGGAGCCUCUGGUGAUGGACGACAUUGCUUUCGACAAAGACGGCGAGCGGAACGCUGACCAGUGCACAUCGCGAGGGUGCAUGUGGGCCAAGUCUGCGGACGGCAUAGUCUACGUGGCCUACACCAUCUCCCCCGGUUACUCUUCUCGCGAGCGCUCUAUCAUCGAGCGCGGCCUGAACUCCUUCCAGUCUGUCUCCUGCAUUCGCUUCGUCAAUCGCAGCGGCCAGAGAGACUACAUCAGCAUUCAGUCCAACAAUGGGUGUUACUCGUACGUGGGUCGCCGUGGCAAUGCUCAGCCCUUGUCCCUGGACCGCAAGGGCUGCUUGUACCACAGCACCGUCCAGCACGAGCUGCUGCAUGCACUCGGUUUCAACCAUGAGCAGUGUCGCUCCGACCGAGACCGACACAUCCGCAUCCUCUGGGAGAACAUCCAGCCUGGUUGGGAGUACGCCUUCGACAAGAUGAACACGCUCAACAUGAACACGGCAUAUGACUACAACUCUGUCAUGCAGUACCACAGGUACGCAUUCUCCGGCAACAACAAGCCCACCAUGGUGCCCAUCCCCAAUGCCAACGUCGGCUUCGGCAACGCCAGCCAGAUGAGCAAGAACGACAUCGCCCGACUCAACUCGCUCUACAAGUGUUAGGAGGUGGUGAAAGCAACAUCCAUCCAUCCAUUUUCUGAGCCGCUUCUCCUCACUAGGGUCGCGGGCGUGCUGGAGCCUAUCCCAGCUGUCAUCGGGCAGGAGGCGGGGUACACCCUGAACUGGUCGCCAGCCAAUCGGACAUACAAACAAACAACCAUACGCACUCACAUUCACACCUACGGGCAAUUUAGAGACUUUAAUUAACCUACCAUGCAUAUUUUUGGGAUGUGGGAGGAAACCGGAGUGCCCGGGGAAAACCCACGCAGGCACGGGGAGAACAUGCAAACUCCACACAGGCGGGUCCGAGGAUUGAACCCCGGUCCUCAGAACUGUGAGGCAGACGCUCUAACCAGUCGCCCACCGUGCCGCCUCGAAAGCAACACAACUGAAAUUUGUCUCAUUUCCGAUGAUACUAUUAAAAUGUGCACAUUCAUGCA